AUGGAGGAAGGAGGCGGCGGCGUACGGAGUCUGGUCCCGGGCGGGCCGGUGUUACUGGUCCUCUGCGGCCUCCUGGAGGCGUCCGGCGGCGGCCGAGCCCUCCCUCAACUCAGCGAUGACAUCCCUUUCCGAGUCAACUGGCCCGGCACCGAGUUCUCUCUGCCCACAACUGGAGUUUUGUAUAAAGAAGAUAAUUAUGUCAUCAUGACAACUGCACAUAAAGAAAAAUAUAAAUGCAUACUUCCCCUUGUGACUAGUGGGGAUGAGGAAGAAGAAAAGGAUUAUAAAGGCCCUAAUCCAAGAGAGCUUUUGGAGCCACUAUUUAAACAAAGCAGUUGUUCCUACAGAAUUGAGUCUUAUUGGACUUACGAAGUAUGUCAUGGAAAACACAUUCGGCAGUACCAUGAAGAGAAAGAAACUGGUCAGAAAAUAAAUAUUCACGAGUACUACCUUGGGAAUAUGUUGGCCAAGAACCUUCUAUUUGAAAAAGAACGAGAAGCAGAAGAAAAGGAAAAAUCAAAUGAGAUUCCCACUAAAAAUAUCGAAGGUCAGAUGACACCAUACUAUCCUGUGGGAAUGGGAAAUGGUACACCUUGUAGUUUGAAACAGAACCGGCCCAGAUCAAGUACUGUGAUGUACAUAUGUCAUCCUGAAUCUAAGCAUGAAAUUCUUUCAGUAGCUGAAGUUACAACUUGUGAAUAUGAAGUUGUCAUUUUGACACCACUCUUGUGCAGUCAUCCUAAAUAUAGGUUCAGAGCAUCUCCUGUGAAUGACAUAUUUUGUCAAUCACUGCCAGGAUCGCCAUUUAAGCCCCUCACCCUGAGGCAGCUGGAGCAGCAGGAAGAAAUACUAAGGGUGCCUUUUAGGAGAAAUAAAGAGGGUGUCGGUUGGUGGAAAUAUGAAUUCUGCUAUGGCAAACAUGUACAUCAAUACCAUGAGGACAAGGAUAGUGGGAAAACCUCUGUGGUUGUCGGGACAUGGAACCAAGAAGAGCAUAUUGAAUGGGCUAAGAAGAAUACUGCUAGAGCUUAUCAUCUUCAAGACGAUGGUACCCAGACAGUCAGGAUGGUGUCACAUUUUUAUGGAAAUGGAGAUAUUUGUGAUAUAACUGACAAACCAAGACAGGUGACUGUAAAACUAAAGUGCAAAGAAUCAGAUUCACCUCAUGCUGUUACUGUAUAUAUGCUAGAGCCUCACUCCUGUCAAUAUAUUCUUGGGGUUGAAUCUCCAGUGAUCUGUAAAAUCUUAGAUACAGCAGAUGAAAAUGGACUUCUUUCUCUCCCCAACUAAAGGAUAUUAAAGUUAGGGGAAAGAAAAGAUCAUUGAAAGUCAUGAUAAUUUCUGUCCCACUGUGUCUCAUUAUAGAGUUCUCUGCCAUUGGACCUCUUCUAAAGGAUGGUAUAAAAUGACUCUCAACCACUUUGUGAAUACAUAUGUGUAUAUAAGAGGUUAUUGAUAAACUUCUGAGGCAGACAUUUGUCUCGCUUUUUUUCAUUUUUGUUGUGUCUUAUAAACUGACUGUUUUUCUUUGCUUGGAUACUGUGAUUCCAAAAUAAAUCUCAUCCAAGCAAGUUAGAGUCCAGCCUAAUCAAAUGUCAUAAUUGUUGUACCUAUUGAAAGUUUUUAAAUAAUAGAUUUAUUAUGUAAAUUAUAGUAUAUGUAAGUAGCUAAUGAAGUAAAGAUCAUGAAGAAAGAAAUUGAUAGGUGUAAAUGAGAGACCAUGUAAAAUAUGUAAAUUCUAGUACCUGAAAUCCUUUCAACAGAUUUUUAUAUAGCAACUGCUCUCUGCAAGUAGUUAAACUAGAAACUGGGCACAUGGUAGAGGCUCACAUGGGAGUUGUCCUCACCCUUGUUAAUCUCAAGAAACUCUUAUUUAUAAUAGGUUGCUUCUCUCUCAGAACUUUUAUCUAUUACUUUUUUCUUCUUAUGAGUAUGUUUACUCUCAGAGUAUCUAUCUGAUUGAUGUAGACAGUUGGUGAUGCUUCUGAGACUCAAAAUGGUUUACUCUAACAAAACACUGUGCUGUCUAUCCCUUGUACUUGCCUACUGUAAUAUGGAUUUCACUUCUGAACAGUUUACAGCACAAUAUUUAUUUUAAAGUGAAUAAAAUGUCCACAAGCA